AUGGUGGCGGUGGACGAUGAGAACAUGAAGAAAUCCAUGGUCGAUUUCGAAAACGCACUCAAAAACAAUGACAAAGCUAAAAUUGUGGAAAUUUCCACAAGCCAACCACAUGCAAGAUGGACCUUCAAGACCGAAAAGCCAGAGCAAGCGGCUGUAACCAUCGAUGCAGUCCCACAUCCCGGUGGCUGGUCCUUCCCAAUGGCACCGCCAGGUUUUAUUGGCCUUGCUGCUGGCAUCAAAUCAAAGUACUCUGUACUGGCAAUACAAAACCUCUACGCCUCAGGUGCUGACCUUGAUGGUACCACAUCUGAAAAUGUAGCCUCCAUCCAUCUGGCCGCUCGUCAACAAAACCAUGAGGCCGUAGAAUGCCUUAUCAAUCUAGGCGCUAAUUUAGAGGCCGAAAGUCAAACGGGGAAAACAGCCAUUCAAUUCGCGGCAUGGAUGGGGGCAGAAACUGGGGACACUAGGUGCUUGAAACUCUUGUUAGAGGGAGGUGCAAAUGUCAACGCGAAAAACUCAUCUGGCAGGACAGCAAUACACUGGGCUCUAUUUGGGGUUGAUCCUGAGGCAUUAGAACUCCUACUCAAGCACCCAAGUGUUAAUAAGGACGCAAAAUAUUUAGAAUACUCAGACAAGAACUCGAGCACAAAUUUGACGGUUGUGGACCAAUUCAAUGCAACACAAGAGCGGUAUGUCGAGUACGGAGAAGAGGGGCGGGCCGAGAUGUUGGAACUACUUCGUCAAAACGGUUUAUCACCAGUGCAGCCGACGGAGAGGCCAGAGGGAGGAAAGUACCCUUUGCUUACGUAUGCAUCAACUAAAGUUCGUUGCCGAUUAUAA